AUCACGUAGGGAGCGGCGCGCAACCCCGAACGCGCCGGACCCGGGCUCGGGGGCGCGCACGCCGUGCGUCCCAGCUCGCUCGGGAUUCUCGCCUGGCAACGCCGGGGAAGGCCGACCGUUUGGGCCGCCAUGUUCUCCUUCGCGGCGCUCCGGGUUCGGGCGGCUGGCCUCACCGCCCCGUGGGUUGUCCAAUUUGUUUGCAUAAAAACUUAUGGACGACAUAUAAGAAAUGUACAUAAGACAGUUGUGCAAAAUGGAGCUGGAGGAGCCUUAUUUGUGCACAGAGAUACUCCCGAGAAUAACCCAGAUACUCCAUUUGAUUUCACACCAGAAAACUAUAAGAGAAUAGAAGCAAUUGUAAAAAACUAUCCAGAAGGACAUAAAGCAGCAGCUGUGCUUCCAGUUCUGGAUUUAGCCCAAAGACAGAAUGGAUGGUUGCCCAUCUCUGCUAUGAACAAGGUUGCAGAAGUUUUACAAGUACCUCCAAUGAGAGUAUAUGAAGUGGCAACUUUUUAUACUAUGUAUAACCGAAAACCAGUUGGAAAGUAUCACAUACAAGUCUGCACUACUACACCUUGCAUGCUUCGUAACUCUGACAGCAUACUCGAGGCCAUUCAGAAAAAACUUGGAAUAAAAGUUGGGGAGACAACACCUGACAAACUUUUCACUCUUAUAGAGGUGGAAUGUUUAGGAGCCUGUGUAAAUGCACCAAUGGUUCAAAUAAAUGACAACUACUAUGAGGAUCUGACACCUAAGGAUAUUGAAGAAAUUAUUGAUGAACUCAAGGCUGGCAAAAUGCCAAAACCUGGACCAAGGAGUGGACGCUUCUCAUGUGAGCCAGCUGGGGGUCUGACCUCUUUGACUGAACCACCCAAAGGGCCUGGCUUUGGUGUGCAAGCAGGCCUUUAAUUUAUAUUCAACUGUAAAUAUAUUGUUGGAGAAUAAAGUAUGAAUCACCUGUGUA